CCGUUCUCUGCGGGUAGCAAGAACUACCCGCACGGGUAACGGGUAGUUCAGUUUUUAUUUAAUUUUCGACAUAAAUCAGUUCACAAAGAAAGUUAGUAGAAAGUUAGACCAUUUACCAAGAAAAGCGUAAAUUUAUUAUUUAUCGAUUUCAAAAUUUUCCAUUUGCCAGAAGCUAGAGAUUAUAACUAGCGUGUCUUUUCGAUAUCCACACAAGCCUUGGGCAGCCCCAAAUACUUCUUCUCAGCCCCAAAUAAUUCUUCAAAUAUGCCUCACGUCCCGAAAAUGCGGAGAAAUUAUUGUUUCUCAAGCUAAUCUCAAACUAAUCUGUCUGCUCUCAAAUAUCAGUAAUCAUUUAACUUGUAUUUGUGUAUUAUGUAAGUCUGACGAGAUCUUAGUUUGUGCUUUGAAAAUGAAAAAUCUGAAUCCGAUUGAAAACAAAAAUUUUACUUGGAGGCAAUUAUUUUUGAAUAAAACCGUUUUAAAUCAUAAUUUCAAAAAAUCAAACUAAAAAUUUAACCUUUUUUCAAGCUACACCAAGAUUCUCUAGCGAGUAUAUCGAAAAGUCAAGCCCAAAACUAGGAAUCGCGUGAUACUUAUCUUUCCGUUAAUGGUCACGUUGAACAAACUAUUGGCGACAAAGUUUAAUUUUUAACUUAAUGUUCUGCAUAUUUUUCUUUCACUGGACGAAAACCAUGGUAGACUUUGAUCUUUGUCCCCCCAAUAGUUUUUUUAAACAGGCCAUUCAACGGAAAGAUACAUAAGUGAUAAUUCCUAAUUUUUGGCUUGGUUUUUUGGCUUCCCUUGAUAUAAUUCGCUAAGAAAUCCCGAUCAGGCUUGAAAAAGGUUCCAUUGAAAGUUAAUAAUUUUAAUUUCAGAAAUAGCUAAUUACAUCUAGCAAAUUAUGAUAUUCGUUCGUUGCACAGCAUUACAUAUCUCAAACUACUAAUCAACCUAAAUGAGCAAAUAAUUGAUUAAAUAAAAAUUUAUUCUGAAGGUUGGUUAGUUUUUAACCUAACUUUCAUAAAGGGUAGCCGGUAACGGGUACCCGAACGGGUACCCGUGCGGGUACGGGUAGUUGUGCUGCGGGUAGCGGGUCGGGUAACGGGUAGCAUUUUCGCUACCCGCGGCAACUCUACUAUUAAUUGAAAUUUGAUAAGCAUGCAGUCACCGUCACGAGGGGACAUGGGUUCUCUACAUUUAGCUACAGAAACUCACGACGACGAUAAUAACAGCGCAUUGUCGAAAGUCUUACGGAAUCCGUUAAUUCUUGACAUCAUCCUCGCCAAGCUAGAUAUACUUGACUUGGAGAAUUCUCGUCUCGGUUGCCAUGUCUGGCGCGACGUCGGCGCCAGUUUAUUAGGAAAACAGACUUAUCUCCAUGUCACCAAGGUUUUCCGCUAUGACGAGCCAAAUUUAUACCAGGCGACUCCCGUAGACGCCAAACUGUACCGUAACCUCGUAAUCUGGGACAGAUUCGAUCCCUCCGUUCCGACAAAUAAGCAGGGCAACGUAAUCACCAAAGCGCUCAGUCAGGUGCCCCAAGUCACUCACGAAAUUGAUUUUCGCCUCGGCCACAUGAAAGAUGUCGCCCCUAUUUAUCAAGGAAUAAGGUUACUUGGCCCCACAAAAAUCCGACACAUUUCAAUCUACGCGUCUUGGAAAAACAUCAGUUUCAACAAGGUUCCGGUACAUUCGUACCUAACUAUUUCAGCUCUACCAACUUUGACCUCACUCAAGUUUAACGUUCAUUCUUACCAUCCUCCCCGUACCAUCGGCCCCAUCGGUUGUCAACCGUUUCUCCAAGUAUUAAUCGAUUCCGCACCCAAUUUGACCUCUUUGGACGUCACGGGGCCUAUCUACCCCAAUUUGGAGGGGUGUAAAAGUUUGAAAGUGUUGAAAUUUAUGUUCAGAAAGUGUUUGCAUGUGUUACCAUUGACUUGUCCUCAAUUAAACUUGGCUGAUGUGACCAGGAUGUUAGGACAGGUUAAGGAUUCCGUAACUGAGGUGGAAUUGAGCUAUAUCGGUAAUCAAUCGGUUGCCGAUAAGACACAGGUCAAGAAUCCUCACACUCCCGUGAUGUCGAAACUUACCUCCUUAUCCAUCAAUUCCGUAAACGUGUACAAAAUCUACGACUUCUUUGAUGAGAAGCACCUCCCAAACCUAACCAGCGUCUCGCUCAUCAACAGGUUUGAGGAAUCGAUGUUAUCAGCGGAUCCUAAUUUCUGGAAACGACACAGAAAAGUUGAAUCUCUUACCCUGAUGCUUACUGGUCCUUGGAUGGGAGAUGAGUUCGAAAAAAUUGUCCAAAUAUUUCCCUCCGUAAAGAAAUUUUGCUUGACGAUGGUGCUCCCUUGUCCCAUUUCCAUUAAGGAUUGGAUCAUGUUCCAAAUCUGGGAUUUGGAACAGGUCAACGUUCACGUCCGUUGUGUAGCCGCAUCCUCAAGGAUGAUCGAACUCUUAAAAAAUAUAUCUCCUGGGAAAGGCGUCAAACGUGUCCUGUUCAAAAAUACUUCCAUCAAGGAGGACGAUUUUUCUACCUGCAUUGAUGACCUCAUCUUGCUCAGUAGAGGGUUUAAAAGGGUGGAAAUCUCUGGGGAUGAGGUAUCGGAAAUUGUGGACCGAAUACGACUCAUCUUUGAAGCUAGAGCUGCACCCAUUCAUUUCACCGGAGGUGUGGUUCACAACGAAAUGAGAUAACGAUUAAUAACCGACUUUCGAGUUUAAUAAGAAAGUUAUCACUUUUCGACAUAACAUGUAAAACACUUACGAAGGUUCCUAAAAUUUAAAAUAUUAUAUACAGUGGUCGUACCCAUAAGUUUGCAAAAUUGAUUAACUCAAUUUCCAGGUCCAACACUAAUAAAUAUUUAAAUAACAAAUAUUUUAUAAACAUGAUUAAAUGGUAAACUGACCAGAAGCCAUUCAUGAAAAGUUUGACGUCAGAGAAGUUUGACUUAUUUAAUUUUAAACUUUGAGACUUUGGUGUGGCUCUCAACUAACUAGCAGGUUGAGGUUCCAAGAAAAUUUGGGAACAUUGGGUCGCUUAAUCUUAUUCGUGUUAAGUCAUAUUAUGAUUUUUUACACAUACAAAAAUGUAGACUUCAAGGAAAAGAGAAACUUUUAUUGCGCUGGAGGGUGAGGGGAGAGUAGGCAAAAGAGACCUUUUUGUUUGGAGGAUGGAAGAAGAAAGCAAUAAACGUUGACCCAUAAAAGUGACUUUAUACAUAAGGAGCGUCAAUAUAUUACGUCAUCAGGGUCGCCCACUUUACUUCUUCCCGAGUUCAGUGAAAGUACACGCCGAAAACUCGGUUUCCUAGUGGGAGGCAAAAAAUUGUCAUUUUUUAUGGCGUGAUAUCUACAC